AUGGGAAGCGAAGAUGGUUCAGUACUCAGCAAGUUUGAUGGUACAGAUUAUUCGUUCUGGAAGAUGCAGAUCGAAGAUUAUUUUAAUGGUAAAAACCUUCAUCAACCGUUGAAGAAGAGACCUGAGACGAUGAAUCAGAAUGAAUGGAAUCUUUUUGAUAGACAAAUUCUAGGUGUUAUGUUAACACUACUAAAGAAUGUCGCACAAAACAUCGUAAAAGAGAAGUUUAAAGAGGGGUUGAUAAAAGUUCUUUCGGAUAUGUAUGAGAAACAUUUUCCCAAAAAGAAGAUAUUUCUCAUGAAGAAACUCUCCAAUUGAAG